AUGGCGGCUACUGCCUCUCCUGCUCCCUUCAGCGGCGGAGGCGACCGAGGUUUGCAGGACCGAAUCCUCUCUCACAUGAACCAGUCUCACGCCAGGGAGCUCAGGCACUACCUCCGUCACUACUGCGGCCUCACUCGACGGCAGGCCUGCGGAGCUUCUCUGCGAGACAUCACGCUCCAAGGCAUGCGGAUUCGCGCAGGCGGUGCCGACUACGUCGUCCAGUUCAACCCCCCGCUGCAGUCCUGGAACGACGUCCGCCCUCGAGUCGUCGAGAUGGACGCCAUUGCCCGCAAGCAUCUGGGCAUCAGCGACGUUUACGUGACCAGAUACCGCGGGCCCGGUUUCGCCCAAGGCGUCGUCGUGGCCGGCGUCGCUCUUUAUUUCUUCUGCCUCGCCAGCUUGCCAUGGGUUGUGCCGGGCUCCCGCAUCUGGACUCUCCUGCUUGCGCAUUUCCCCGGCGGGCCCGAAUCAUUCCGCUGGCUGGUCAAGACUCUUGUGCUUCCAGUCAUUGGCGCUCAUACCCUUGAGCCUAUCUAUCUAGACUACUCAAGGCUGCGCAAGCACGGCGUGGACAGAUGGUCAGGACAGUGGUGGUUGUGGAUUGUAAGCUGUGUCUUUGAAGGGGCAUUGGUGUUUAGAAGAUUCGACAAGGUGGUUGCCGAGAUGAGGGCUCGAAAGGAGGCAAAGAAGCAUUGA